CCUUCCCCCUGAUUCUGGAGCCGUUUCUGCCCAGGCUUUUCGCACGGCACUCAAGUUGUUGGUGGCGGUGGUCAUACUCGACCCAUUCAUGGGCAGCAGCCAGUUUCGAGGCCUCGCUUAUAUUCAACAUAUCAAAACUCCGGCAAGUGCAAUGAUACCGAACCCGUCCUUCCCAGUUCCAUAUCAGUCCGGAUUUAUAUCAUCAUUUAUAAACAUGUCCAGAGGUCGACAACAGGACCUCUUAAGCCCGGAUGUGGCCCAGAGUGACGGAAACUCAUCGACCCAAGUGCACGAUGUAUCCAGUAACAGGGGACAAAGUGCGGUUCCCAGUUCUAGACGACUAACGCCAGAGCCAUCGUCUUCAUCUAGCCGUCUCCCUUGUGUUUCAAACCCACCCCAGUCUCCAAAGAACAAACCAUCCAUGGCCUUUGAUCUUGCCGGUCUCAUCGACGAAACUGAAUCAUCUAAGAACGUCCUGCAAGUUGCUCAUCGUGGCGUCAAAAGGUCAAGGGGGGAUUCGUCCAUGGACGAGCCCUCGCCGAAGAGGGACAAGCUCCAGCAGGAGCUCGAAGAGAUAGCGGCCAUGCAUAGUGGUGGGAGUUCCCGCAACGAAGGAUGUCAGCAUACUGAGAGGAAUGUCGAUUCUCCGCCAAGCAAUAACGACACAGUCCUUCCAAGAGCACAGUUGCCCAUCAGAAGCCGGAGCCAGAGCAUUCGGGCACACGGGAUUAGGGGAGCCAACCAAGGUACAGGAACUGAUGGACUCGGUGGUUCCUCCAGCGAGGGCGAACUGUCUUUUGAACAAGAGGGAUCUGAGCGAGAAGAAUCUGAGCUAGAAGGAGAUUGACCUACAAGAUAGCGGGAUUUGCUAGCCACAUGAGCAUAGCCCCCCAAUGGAGAAUUCCUCGGUACCCUUUCCUUGGAAUCUCUUCUCGAGACUCAUGCCAUGAUGGCUAUCACGAUUCGACGGUAAGUUUGGUCAUGGUUAGGCGGUGGAACGAUGUCCUUCCACAAGUGGGCGCGUG